UUUAAGUUUUAUCUAUUCAUUUUAAAAAUUUGAUUUGUAAUCUUUAUGAUUUUAUUAGUUCUGAUCGGUUAGUUAGUGCAAAUAAUUUUUCUAUUAGUUCAAAUAAUUUUUUCUUUUUGUUAUUUCAGUACAAAUAAAUUUUCUCCAGGAUUUCCUUUUUACUUAAAAUCAGAAAAUGAAUAAAUGUUUACCUAUAAAUAUAAAUUAAUACACGUAAUUUAAAAUGAGAACCACAUAAAAACAUUUCCUAAGUAAUUUCUCAUGUUUCAAAAAAAAAAGUAAUUUGCCCAUAUUACCGUCAAAAUAAAAAAAUAAUUUACACAUAGUCAAAUUUGUUAAACCUGUUUAAAGAAAGAAAUGAAUGCUCCAAGCCUCCAACAAUCAACAGGAAGGAAAAAUGAAAGAAGCAUUACGUGCAUGUUCCAAUGAAAAACAACCACGUAACAAUCAAAUUUGGACAUAAUUAUAACCAUCUUCAUCAAAUCAAAUAUUUGUACCACUCUUACCAGUUUGAAGCCAAACGAAUCAGAAACACACUUGUUUCAAUUCUUCUCAGCACACAAUCAUGUUUGGAUUAAACCCUGAACCCCAUUUGCUAUUUCUCCUUCUAGUUUUGGGAUUGCUUUCACAUUCAGUUCAAUCCAUAAGGUUCGAAGUGCAAUCUGAUCAUUUCAAAUGCAUCACCGAAGACAUAAGGUCCAAAUCCUUGACAGUGGGAAACUACAGCAUCGCCAAUCCCAAUCAGGGUCAACCCUUACCUGAAUCCCACAAACUCAUCGUUCGGGUGCUUUCUCCAAGUGGGAAAGUGAAUCACCUUGGGGAUCAUAUUCAAUCUGGGCAGUUUGCAUUCCAGACAGUGGAAGCUGGUAACUACAUAGCAUGUUUUAUAGUUGCCGAGGAUAAAGAUAAACACGAUCCCCAUAUAACUCUCUCCGUUGAUUUUGAUUGGAAGUCGGGUGUGGCUGCUAGGGAAUGGACCAAUGUUGCUAAGAAAACAAAUGUUGAUGCAAUGGCAUCAAGUGUAAUGAAUUUGCUGGAAACUGCCUCUUCCAUUCAUGCAGAGAUGUCUUACCUUCGAUAUCGAGAAGAUGAAAACCAAAUGUUCAGCUGGGAAACCAACACCAGAAUGUUCUGGUUGAGUUUGGUCUCACUUGUUGUUAGCUUCUCAGUAGCAGGGUUGCAGCUAUGGCACUUGAAGACCUUUUUUGAGAAAAAUAAAAUCAUAAUUUUUUUCUGA